AUGAGACUCUGGAAUCAUACAGGUGUGAAAGAAUUCAUACUAGUCGGAUUAACAGAAAACCUUAAUUGGCAAGUCGGGCUCUUUCUCCUUUUCAGCAUAGUUUAUUUUAUCAUUCUUGUGGGUAACUGGGGGAUGAUUCUCUUGAUCUGGUUAAAUGCCCAACUUCAUACACCAAUGUAUUUCUUUCUUAGUAACCUCUCUUUUUGUGACAUCUGCUAUUCUACUGUUAUUGCUCCUAAAAUGCUCAUUAAUUUCCUGUCAGAAUACAAGUCUAGCACAUUCUUUGGUUGUGUUAUUCAGAGUUUCUUUUUUGCAGUGUAUAUAACUACAGAAGGUAUACUCUUGUCUGUGAUGGCUUAUGAUUGUUAUGUAGCAAUCGGAAACCCCUUAAUGUAUACAGUUAUUAUGACACACAGCAUCUGCAGUCAGAUGGUCCUUGCAUGUUACUUGGGUGGCCUCAUUAAUUCCCUGACUCACACAAUGGGUUUACUCAGACUGGACUCCUGUGGUCCCCACACUGUGAAUCAUUUCUUCUGUGACAUCCCUCCUCUUUUGAAGCUUUCAUGCUCUGAUGCACACAUCAAUGAGAUGCUGCUUUUGGUCUUCUCUGGAGUGAUUGGUAUUUUCACUUUCAUCAUUGUCAUGGUGUCCUAUAUUCAAAUUAUCAUUGCCAUCCUGAGAAUCCGCUCAGCUGAGGGAAGGCGCAAAGCCUUCUCCACUUGUGCCUCACAUCUAACAGCUGUGACAUUAUUUUAUGGUUCUGUGACAUUUAGCUAUAUCCAGCCAAGUUCUCAAUACUCCAUGGAACAGGAAAAAGUCUCUGCUGUGUUUUACACCUUGGUCAUCCCCAUGCUGAACCCUCUAAUUUACAGCCUGAGGAACAAAGAUGUGAAAGAAGCAGCCAAGAGGUCAGUUUAUAGGGAGAGGAGUGGCCCUUGA